AUGAAGUGGGAGGACAUCUCAAAGAGGCUCCCUGGACGCAGUGCAAUCAGUUGUCGACUUCAUUACCAGAACUACCUGGAACGACGGAGCGAAUGGGACGAAGAGCGCAAGAACAAGCUUGCAAGACUUUACGAGAGAUUCAAGCCAGAAAUGUGGUCCAAGGUUGCAGAAGAGAUGGCUGUUCCAUGGCGAGCAGCAGAGGCAAUGCACUGGCAACUAGGUGAAGCAGACAUGGCUCGACGGGCAGGAGUAGUUCCAUUCUCACUGUCCAGUUUCUCGACAGACGCACCACCGCAAGGCCACCGAUCGUCACCGUCGCGAGGACAUUCGCACAGUCAGUCACAGUCCAGCGUGAUGGGUGGACCUCAGGGACCAGGACCAGGACCAGGACCCGGCCCAGGUCGAUUCAGCAGGCCCGCGACCGCUCAAAGCAGCUCCACUUCGAAGGCGCCAGGAGGAGGACCAGCGCGAACGAUUGCUGCGCGCAGGGAGAGCACGCCGCGGUCGGUUCCACCCGCGAGUCCAAGUGAUGGUCUUGCGUUGGCAGCAAUUGGAGGUGGAGGCAUGGCAAUGGGAAUGGGACGCGGCGCCCAGAUGCUACCCAGCGUGGCAGAGAUGACAACUGGGGUUAGCCCGUACAGCACCCCGGCGUACGCAAUGUCGAUGCCAAUGUCAGGAGGGUAUCCAAGUCCAGGACCGAUGCUACCUUCGAUUGGGAUGAUGGGUGGGAAUCGACCAGAAGGAAAGCGAGGAAGAAGUCCAGACAUGGGCCCCAGGGACACGAGUCGACGAAGGUAA